CAACGGCUAGCAGUUUGGAGAGUAGUCACUCGCCUGCCACCCCCCAAAAAUAUCAACAUGGAUGAAUGGCUACCUAGCGGGAAAUGGUGAUGUUGCUAUAAGGAUGCCACCGCUGCAUACCUCUCGUUUUCUCUUAUUUUUUCUUUUCUUCGGCAACGUCUGGAAGGUGCUCCCAAAAUCCAUUCCGGAUCGGGGACCACUUGAGGUGCUGAUCAGGGUUCAGGUUUUUGACAACAGUGACCUUUCACCUUUACCAGACGCCACGGUAGAGGUUCACGGCAACCAGUCUGCCUCAUUGUCUGGCAGAGCGGGCAGUGAUGGCAUCGCUACGGUUACCGUCCUGUACCGCCCAGGGACCUGGGUCAUCAUCACCGCCUCCAAGCAAGGCUACGUCACAAACUCCGCCCCCUGGCACGCCAACCGUAUUCCCCUGUACGCCUCCGUCAGCCUCUACCUACUGCCCCAGAGAUCUGCCACCCUCAUCCUGUACGAGGACGUGGUCCAGAUGCUCCUGGGGUCCCCAGGGUCGAGGCACCAGCCUUGGGUUCAGUUCCAGAGGAAGGCCAUCGGGCUGACCCUCAACUCCACCUACACGGAGCUGUCCGCCAUGCUGACUGCUGCCAAGAGCCAGUACGAGAUUGGGGGGUUCCCCUACCCCUUGGGCCAUGAGAGCACCAACAGCACAGGAAGCGAGAGCAGCUGGGUGGACCUGACGGCUGUGGCCGCUGUCAGUACCCACCUCUUGGACCAGAACGGGACCGCGGUCCAGGUGUCGGACCCCGUGUACAUCUCUAUCCCGCUGCCGUCCGACACGCCUGUGAGGGCCGCCACCAGCGUCCCUGUCUGGAGGUUCGAGGCCCAGAAAGGUCUAUGGGUCAGGAACGGGACGGGGUACAUUAAGAAGGAGGGGAUGCUGAUGACCUGGAGUUUUGUGGCCUCCCAGUUGGGCUACUGGCUGGCAGCCUUUCCCUCAGCGACAGGCAUGGUGCUGAACCCCCCGGGGCUGAGUGACAUCACGGCGUACCACACCGUCUUCCUGCUGGCCAUCCUGGGCUCCCUGGCCCUGCUGGUGCUGGUGCUGCUCUGCCUGCUGCUCUACCACUGCAGGAGGCGGUGCCUGAAGCCCCGGCAACAGCACCACAAGCUGCAGGUCUCCUCCCCCCUGGACAGCGCCAAGCGGGACCAGGGAACCUCCACCUCCCACCUCAACCUCAUCAGCGGGGGCCGCGCGGAUGCGGCCUCCGCCAGCGGUGACGUGGACGCCCUCAAGUCCGAGGAGUUCUUCCAGAACGUUCCGGCCCACAAGCCGAAGGUCAACGCCGGCACGUACACCCGGAGAGGGGAGAGCUUCGCGACGAAGCCCCCCCACCCCGCCGACCCCCGGAGCCAGGACAAGCGACGCAACGGCGGUGGCAGCAGCGCCAACGACAACCAGGGCUACACCUCGGAUCCGCCGUCCCCGCCACCCUUCGCCGGGCACUACCAGGACAGCAGGCCGCCCGAGUACUCCGCCUCCCAGCCGGCGGACCCCCUGGCCCGGCCCGGCUCUGGCAACACCCAGCCGGGCCAGCUGAUCUUCUGCAGCUCCAUGGACCAGAUGAACGAGAGCAUGUACCGCAGCAUGGUGCCCACGCUGGUCAUCCCGGCCCACUACAUGCGGCUGUCCUCAGACCUGUCGGCCGUGGAGCAGGCCCUGGAGAAGCAGCAGCAGCACCAGCAGGACCGCGAGGGCAUCCAGGUGAGCAUGACGCUGCCCCGCCCUCGGGGCCCCCAGCCGCAGCCGGGCUCCCAGCAGCAGGGGGCCCCCCAGCAGGAGGACGACCCCCCCGUGCGGAUCCCCGUGCUCUUCGACGACUCCACCAUGGCCCAGAUGAGUGAGGAGCUCCAGGCCCUGACGGAGCAGAAGCUCCUGGAGCUGGGGGUGAAGCCUCACCCCCGGGCCUGGUUCGUCUCCCUGGAUGGCCGGUCCAACUCCCUGGUGCGUCACUCCUACAUCGAGCUGGGAAACGAGCGCGGUGGUGGCGUCGGGCGUCCCGGCGACGGUGUAGGCCCUGCCUCCCGCGACAGCCGGCAGCCACAGCGCAAGGAGGAGCGGUCGGCCUCCGACCGCAAGGGCCGGGUCGGCAAGGCCUACUCCAAGCUCGCCAAAGACGGCAAGACCGGGGCUGACACCGAAGGCAGGGCUGCUCCCAGCUCGCCCGAGGACAACUCCCUCGCCCCUCUGCUGGAUGAGGGCCCGGGGCCGCGGGGGGCCACUUUCCCCCGUCGGGGCCACAGCCGGGCCCACAGUUCCCGCUGCAGCAACAUCGAGACGCAGCGAGGCUCGGCUACCAGCCCCGAGGUGGAGGAGAACGACCUGGACGACAAAGACGACGAGGGAGGGAACAAGAAGAGUCCCUGGCAGAGGCGCGAGGAGAGGCCGCUCAUGGUCUUCAACGUCAAGUAAAGCAGGGCCCACAGUCGCCCUGAGUCUUAUGCCUAAUAGACUCUUCCCCAAAUGGAUUCUUCCUGGAAUCAGUUUGGAAGGAUUGUGGUGGGAAGCUGGGAGGGAUUGGUCAUCAAAGGAAUCUGGAGAAGAGCACAAUCAACGACCUGUAAAAUGUGAGAACAACACUAACACAACACUCUGUGUUUAGAGCCAUCCUCUCCAUGGGGGAGGGGGGUGGGAGGUUUCUUCCUUGAACCCUUCGGCCGCUUUCCUUAGCUACAGUCCCAGCAUUCCUAGCAUGUUAAUGUGCCAUACCUGCCGCCCUUUAGCGUUUUUCACUAGACAUAAGCUCCGAGGCAUCAUAAGCUCUGAGGCAUCCAGUAAACUCUCCAGCGAGAAACCGGUGGAAUUGUGAGACAUCGCUCUCUUUCAAUAUUUUUUAGCACUGAAAGUGUUGACGUCGCUCAUCUCCUUUCACGAGUCCCUGUGAGCAGUAGUACAGCUGUUGCAGUACUUUGUUGUGCCACACUGGCUUAACUAUGGAAAUGGACACAAGACUGAUAAUCUUAUCCCAGAUAAGGAUUGGAGGUUUGAUGGAAGGGCUGGGUUUUACAUAAAGGAGUAAUGGGCUACUUUCUUUGUCAAUCUAUGUUUUGAAGCAUCUUGGAGAUAGCUUUCUCUGAACUGUGUUUUUCCUGCCGCUGGAAAUGGACUUUGGGCUUUGUAGCGUGCUUUGCAGUCACCUUGGAGAUCUUUUCGCAUUUUUUGGGCAUUUGGUCGCCAUUUUGUUUCAAUGGUUUACUAAUCAAAAGAUGGCUGCCAGUGGCUCAUUAAAUAAUGGCACAGUCCUUACUGAAACCUGGAUAACACCACAAAAAAUAUUUUUAAUCAUUUUUGUUUAGUUUUAUUUACAGGCAAUUCCUGUGUGUGUACGAUGUAGAAGCAGGUGUAAGAAUUGUUUUUAACUUAUUCCAUUGGCCAUUUGAGAGUGGGUACAAGUAAACAAUUGGUACUUUACAAAUUAGCACAGAAUUCCAUAAAGAUUAUUUUUAUUAAACUGAUUAUGAUUUGUAAAAUAUAACUGCAGAUACUGUAUUUCAUAAUCUUCCACAGGUGGUUAACAGAACAUGCCACAUCUACAGUGUAAAGAUACUUCCUUUAUUUAAAGGUACAAUAGGUAAUAUUUUUGUGUUAAAACAUUGUUACAAGACGAUUGUAAAUCCCUUCCAUUGAAAAAGGCUCACUAACAUGUUUUCUCACCCUUUUAUUAUUUUUAGUCCUCGGGUUUUAAAAUAUGCAGUUGACGGGCCAGCACUCUGUACCAAAACAUCGUAUAGCUGUACAAUAAUUGAAGCUUAUUGGUUGAAAAUUGGUUCUAAUUGCCACAGCCAAUGGCGUUUCAACAUCAGCGCGUUCACAGAGAAGGGGUGGGAUAAACAGUGUUGUGGUUUGUGCGUGUGUUUUGCUGCAAUUCCGCUCUUGACCGUUAGAAGUCCGAAAUUACCUAUUGUACCUUUAAGUGGUUCCACGCUAUCAUUGAGUAAAAUGUGGAAUAAAUAGCACAGGGUUGGAUGUCAUAUUUGAAGAUCAAUCUCAAUUUCUGUUAUCUUUGACAGGUUGAAAAACAUCUUUAAACUCAAUUGAUGUGACAAACUAAUGUUGUACAUUUAGUCAUCGUGAUGCUGGUGAUAAUAUUUGUAUUUUUUGGUUACGAUAAGGUUUCUGCUCUAUAGCAUAUUAGACAUAUGGACUGAUCUCAAGGUUAUUAGCGCUGUCUGGAGCUGUUGUUCUCAUGGAGAUCAUAUUUGGUUUGUGUGAAUCUUGCCAGACCAGCGUGGUUGUUCAUUAUCCAAUUCCUCAAUCGCUAUAAUUACAGCUUAACAAUAUCAUUUACAGUACAGGAAAAAAUUUCUUACCAUCUACCCAUUUUGAUACAGAUAGAAAUGGUGAAGUUAGGCUUGAGGUUUUUACAUUUAAAAUGUUUAAUUGCUGAAUCAUCAACUGCACAGUAAAAUGUCCAGUGUGAAUUCAACUCUACAAUCGAGUCACAUAGUGACCGUAUGUACUCUGAAAGAGUCGAUUUAUCACUGAACAUUUUACUGUGUACAGUCAAAUGUUCUUUGGCCUAAAGCUGUCACUCUCGAGAGUCACACAUCUCUGAAUUUUGUUUUUUCUCUUUCAAAUGUUAUUGCCUCUUUAGUGCACUUUAAUUGCGCGUCACUGGAAAAAGCUGCAGUGGCACCAUUAACAUAUCAGAAUGCAGUGUAAGAUGCACAGGCUCAAAGCAGACUUUAAAAAAAGACUUUAUCAUACCGGCACAUAGCAGCUACUCUGAGGCCCCACAUACACUGACUACACUUGCAGUAGCAAGGGGACAUUUUGAGGAAGGGAACUGAGAGGACACUGUUCAUACAGGAUCAGAGCUACAAUGGAGGGAGGGAAGCGCCAAAAUGGAGAGGCCACAGUGGCCCAGACUAACCCUGUUCCACAGCAAGCAAAAGCAAUGUCUGAGCCACACAUAGGCCCCAGGGACCCACAAUACAACACUCCCAAGUGCCUUCCUGUAGUGUUGUGGCCAGUGCUGAAGGCCUUUUUUAACAUGUGAUCAAAGAUCCCUUGUACAUGCAAUCAGAUCCAGGUCCUUCAGAUUUGUAGAGACAAGCUUGUAAGCUCACACUCCCUUCCCCUCCCUUUACUGAGCAUGCUCAGUGAUGCCAAGAGAUUAUGCCUUUUCCCCAAUAUAACAAAUAAAGAGAGUAAACACUACAUUUAUAUAUUCAAAGUACACAUACAGAAAAGGCAUUCACUCACUCACAAACACAUACAUGUAAUGUACCUACUUCUGUUCUUGCAUCUGUAGGGUAAGGGAUUAACUUUUUCAAACCACUUCAUUAAUGGUAUUUGGCAGACACUCUUAUCCAGAGUGACAUACAGUUGAUUAGACUAAGCAGGAGACAAUCCUCCCCUGGAGCAAUGCAGGGUUAAGGGCCUUGCUCAAGGGUGCAACAGCUGUGCGGAUCUUAUUGUGGCUACACCGGGGAUCGAACCACCGACCUCGCGGGUCCCAGUCAUGUACCUUAACCACUACGCUACAGGCCUAUAAGCUGCCCUCAGCUGUGAACUUGACUUGCAGCCUUGUAGACUUUUUUGUUGAAUUUUUACAUAAAUUAGGAGGAAAUUUGCUCUUCAUUUAGGUGGGUAAUUCCACCAGUUCAGAAUGCUGGAUUCAGAUUGUCAUAUAAAAUGUCUGGAGUGCGAUUCGGAAUGGGUUCAUUGUAUCUGCUCCUUUCACCACUGUACACUUUCACCAUUGUACACUACACUUGAUCUUAACAAUCAUUUUAGUCUUGUAAUGAGGCUUAAGAUCUUUUUUGUUUUCUCUCAAGUAGAAAAUAUUUGCUUGUUUAAAGUUAAUGUUUGCUUGACAAUUUUCUUAUUCCAUUGACAAAUCUUGAAAUGAGUCAAAUUGUCUUACCUCUUUGUCAAUUUAAAUCUUAUUUAGUAAAAAAAAAAAGUAAGAAAUGAGAUUCAAUAUAAGUAUCAAUAUAAGACUAUAAUGUUUCUUUUUUGUUCAUUUUUUUGGCAGUGUUGGCCCCAGUCAAUGCCAAUAGCACAAUACAGUACAUUAGCGUUUAUUCAUACCUUUACUUUUAAUAAAAUAUGUCUUCCUGGUGUCAUUCUGUUGCUCAACUUAGUGCACUGCUGUCUUGGAAAACCUUUGUUUUUACAGUGGUUGUAGACCUCUGUACUAUUUUUGUUCAUUAGUUUGUUUUGUGGUGAAUUAUAUUGGAGGGUUUUUUUGUGCAAAGGAGUCCUGUAAUUCCAUCUAACCCCCAGCCUAUGCUAACCUUAUCCAUCAGACGUGCUGUUGGCAUUAUGAAUAUGAUGGUCUUCAUAUAAUCACUAGCAGUGUUGGCAUUUGUAAGCUGACUUUCUGUGAAUGAACCCUGCCAAGAGCUAGAAUAUCAGCCAAAAAGGGGGCUGUUUAGCACUUGGAUGAUUAAACUAUUUUGUAUUUUGUACAUACAUUCUCUGAACAUAUGAAUAAUGAAUUGUUCAUAUCAGUACCUUAGUCCUGGAUGGUUACAUUAUGGGCCAGUUUCACACACAGAUUAAGCUUAGUCCUCGACUGAAUUGAAAUUGACUUUUGUAUGGCGAAUCUCAAUUUAAAAAAUGUUAUUUAGUCUACAACUAGGCUUAAUCUGUGUCUGUGAAACUGGCCCUAUAUUAUUUUUAGUUCACUGUUCAGAAUUGGCCAAAGAGCAAGAGCUCUAACCUCCACUAGGUGGAAGCAUUGCACAAAAAAGGACAAAAAACCCUGCCAAUCAUCUGUGAGCAAGGUGCAGUGUAAUAUUUCAAUAAUGUUUUCCUCCCUGUUUCAUUCACAUAAAUGGUUGUAACAUGUAAAUAUGAAUGUCUUGUGAAUCAAAAGCCCUGCUGGAUGCUGGAAUGGUUAGAGGUUUGUAAUGGUGCCAUAUGCUGGUGUCGUAGGAAUGAUGAACAGUGAUAUGGCGUGUUUUCGAUUUCAUUAUUGUCCUACCUACUUCCCUCUCACCGGUAUGCUCCAGUACAGAAUUGCCUUUUAUGCUGGUUCCUUCAUUCCUCUUUUUUUAACAGUUAUGCGAAAGAUUAAAGCUUUUAACAAGCUGUG